AUUCGUUGUUCAAGUUGGUCAAGUCGUAUGCUGUGGUCAGGUCGAGACUCGAGUCGUGGUUUGUGCGUCAACAAAAUGAAGUUCGUCUUGUAAGCUCAAACUCUCGGUUUAUAUAACAUAAAUACAGUAUUUAUAGGUGUUUUAUUUAGACUCGCUAAGGCACUGGGUUUACUGACAAAAUCGCACAUUCUUUGGAGCGUUCGACGAUCUGUCAACAUGGACGAAAUCGCCAAGCUUGAGUACCUGUCUCUUGUUUCCAAAAUAUGCACGGAGUUGGACAACCAUCUAGGAAUAAACGACAAAGACAUGGCCGAGUUUAUUAUUGACCUGGCAGACAAGAACAACACGUUUGAGUCCUUCAAGAAGGCUCUGGAAGAGAACGAGGCGGAGUUUUCGGACUCGUUCACGGCAAAUCUGCUGCGUAUCAUUCAGCACAUGAGACCCAAGAAACAUACAAGCUCUCUACCCAAAGAAGGCUUUGAAGAAAAGCCCAGGACAGAGCUGGACAUCAAGCGCGAGCGUUUCCCAUUUCUAGCGCUACCGAAUGACCCAAAAGCACGGACAUUACUAGAAGAGGAUGUGAAAGUUGCGUCGGAUGCCCUCGCAGAACUAGAAGCUCUAGCACCGGGUGCCAGGAAAAAAGACGCAGAAGUGGACAAGUCAAGCAGCAGGACUGAACGAUCAAAUGACAAGCAUAGCAGGUCCUCCAGGCGUCAUAGAUCAAAGUCUCGUUCAAGGAGCCCCGUCCACCGGUCUUCGAGGCGUCGCUCCAGGUCUCGAACCAAGAGUCCCUACUCGCGGCGCUACUCCAGUCGCCGGUCCCGCAGUCGUAGUCGCGACCGGGACCGCCGCCGAUCUCGCUCCAAGGAUCGGCACCAGGCCUCUGGUAGUGGAAGCAGCAGCAGCCACAAGGACCGCAACGCGCCUCCCGUGUCUCCUGACCCCGUGGUUGGACAGAUCUACAACGGGAAGGUGACCAACAUUAUGCAGUUUGGCUGUUUCGUUCAGCUGGAAGGUCUACCCAGACGUUGGGAAGGCCUAGUUCAUAUCUCUCAGUUGCGGAGGGAGGGCCGCAUCACCAACGUCGGAGACGUAGUUGCCAGAGGCCAGCGCGUCAAGGUGAAGGUCCUGUCAUUCACGGGACAGAAGACCAGCCUUUCCAUGAAGGACGUCGACCAAGACACGGGGGAAGACCUGAACCCCGUCCGGCGUGCGGGAGACCCGGAGUCUCAGGAGGCGGCCCGCAAUCCCGACCGCCCUUGCUCCCUGCCGCUGGUGGCACGCCCCGACGACGACGACGUGGACAACCGGCGGCGGGUCCAGAGGAUCUCCUCUCCCGAGAAGUGGGAAAUCAAGCAGAUGCUUUCUGCGAAUUGCAUUGACAAGUCGGAGCUUCCAGACUUUGAUGAGUCAACCGGUAUACUACCCAAAGAAGAUGACGAUGAGGAAGAUCUAGAAAUUGAACUGGUUGAGGAAGAACCGCCAUUCCUGAGAGGCCAUGGAAGAUCCAACUUGCAAGACCUGAGUCCGGUCAGGAUAGUGAAGAAUCCUGACGGCUCCCUUGCACAAGCAGCCAUGAUGCAGUCUGCCCUAGCAAAAGAACGUAGGGAGCAGAAGCAGCAGCAAAGAGAAGCAGAGAUGGAUUCGAUUCCAGCUGGCCUGAACAAGCACUGGAUUGACCCCAUGCCUGAUGCGGACGGCCGCACCCUGGCCGCCAACAUGCGCGGCAUCGGGAUGAUGACCCAGGAGUUGCCCGAGUGGAAGAAACACGUGACGGGAGGGGCCAAGGCAUCUUAUGGCAAGAAGACCCAGAUGACCAUCCUGGAACAGAGGCAGUCUCUACCCAUCUACAAGCUGAAGGACGAAUUGGUCAAGGCUGUGACGGACAACCAGAUUCUGAUCGUGAUUGGAGAAACCGGGUCCGGCAAGACCACACAGAUCACCCAGUACCUCGCCGAGGCUGGCUUCACCACCCGGGGCAAGAUUGGCUGCACCCAGCCCAGACGUGUGGCGGCCAUGUCGGUGGCCAAGAGGGUCGCCGAGGAGUUUGGCUGCCGGCUCGGACAGGAGGUUGGCUAUACAAUCCGUUUCGAAGACUGCACAAGCCCGGAGACGCUCAUCAAGUACAUGACAGACGGCAUGUUGCUGCGAGAGUGCCUGAUUGACCUGGACCUGCUGUCCUACUCCAUCAUCAUGCUGGACGAAGCCCACGAGAGGACCAUACACACGGACGUCCUUUUCGGUCUCCUCAAAAAUGCGGUGAAGAAGCGCCCACAGCUGAAGCUGAUUGUGACGUCGGCCACAUUGGAUGCGGUCAAGUUUUCCCAAUACUUCUUCGAGGCGCCCAUCUUCACAAUACCGGGAAGGACUUUCCCAGUUGAGAUUCUCUACACAAAGGAACCUGAGACUGACUACCUGGACGCUUCGCUCAUCACCGUGAUGCAGAUCCAUCUUACCGAGCCUCCAGGCGACAUCUUGCUGUUCCUGACCGGUCAAGAGGAAAUCGACACCGCCUGCGAGAUUCUCUACGAACGGAUGAAAUCCCUCGGGCCGGACGUGCCCGAGCUGAUCAUUCUUCCUGUCUACUCGGCACUGCCCAGCGAGAUGCAGACGAGGAUCUUCGAACCUGCCACGCCGGGUUCCAGAAAGGUUGUGAUUGCUACCAACAUUGCCGAAACAUCCCUGACCAUUGAUGGAAUCUAUUAUGUCGUCGAUCCGGGCUUUGUGAAGCAGAAUGUGUACAACCCCAAGACCGGAAUGGAUUCCCUGGUCGUCACCCCGAUCUCACAGGCCCAGGCCAAGCAGAGGGCGGGGCGUGCCGGUCGCACGGGGCCGGGCAAGACGUACCGGCUCUACACGGAGCGUGCGUACCGGGAUGAAAUGCUCACCACCCCAGUGCCCGAGAUCCAGCGCACCAACCUGGCCUCCACGGUGCUCCAGCUCAAGGCCAUGGGCAUCAACGACCUGCUCUCCUUCGACUUCAUGGACGCGCCCCCCACAGAGACCCUGAUUAUGGCCCUGGAACAGCUUCAUUCCCUAAGUGCUCUGGACAACGAGGGACUGCUGACUCGACUUGGGAGGAGGAUGGCCGAGUUUCCCCUGAGUCCCAACUUGGCCAAAAUGCUCAUCAUGUCGGUGCACCUGGGAUGCAGCGAGGAGAUCCUGACUGUGGUCUCCAUGCUGUCAGUGCAGAACGUCUUCUACAGGCCCAAGGACAAGCAAGCCCUGGCCGACCAGAAAAAAGCCAAGUUCAACCAGCUCGAGGGCGACCACCUGACCCUGCUCUCGGUGUACAACUCCUGGAAGAACAAUAAGUUCUCCAAUGCCUGGUGCUAUGAGAACUUUGUCCAGAUACGCACGCUCAAGAGGGCCCAGGACGUCAGGAAACAGCUGCUCGGGAUCAUGGACAGGCACAAGCUGGACGUGGUGUCAUGCGCCAAGAACACGGCUCGCGUGCAGAAAGCCGUGUGCAGCGGCUUCUUUAGAAACGCAGCCAAGAAGGACCCCCAAGAGGGCUACCGCACCCUGGUGGACGGCCAGGUGGUCUACAUACACCCUUCCAGUGCCCUCUUCAACCGCCAGCCAGAAUGGGUGGUCUAUUACGAGCUGGUCCUGACAACCAAGGAGUACAUGCGGGAGGUGACCACCAUCGACCCCAAGUGGCUGGUGGAGUUUGCGGCGUCCUUCUUCAAGUUUGCCGACCCCACCAAGCUGAGCAAGCACAAGAAGCAGCUCCGGCUAGAGCCCUUGUAUAACAAAUACGAAGAGCCCAACGCCUGGCGAAUCUCGCGUGUCCGCAGGCGCAGGAACUGAAAUCAUCACACUAGUCGAACAACAUUCGCAAGAUUCCGGAAGUGCAGCAGUUGUGUUCAAGAAGUGCCACGGACCAGCAAGUGUUUCUGGAACAUUCUUUUUUAUACAUCCAUUUUUUUCCUGUUUCACCGGACAGAAGUUUCUUUGGAGCAAGGCGAUGCAAAGAUUACGGAAUUCUGAAAUUCUUAAAAAUAUACACCUUCAUCGUUUGGAGAACUGUUCAUGUGGAUAUUGGCAGAACAGCCGACACCAUGUCUUGUAGGUCUAAAACCCUUCACGUCUAACGACUCAUAAGUCUAAUGCUACACGUAGAUUAUGAUCUGCACAGAUGUAAAUUUGUCAAUGACUAUUGUGGCUGCCAUUUCCCAGGUUUUUCAGAGCUUCAGAUAGCCGACAGACUUUCAAAAAAGGUCCGCAAGUUUCUGAAGUAUGCUAUGUCUUGAUCCCAAAAAAUUAUUUCAUACUUUUACAUUUUCUUUUUGUACAGUUAUUCUCUCUGCAUUAUGCAUCAUAUUUUUUUUUUAAGGUUAUAAUUUUAUUAGCAUCUGUAUAUGCAUCUUAAGAAUCAUAUGUUUGUACAUAAGUAUGUAUGCAACGUUGAUGUGAAAAAUGUUAACUUGAAAUGGCAGUGCACUCGACCCUUCUCUCUAAAGCUGAACCUUAGUGGACUAAUUGGUGUUUGUGAGGACCACCUGUACAGUCUUUCCACUGAUCAGUGUUGUAAAUAGAACCUUUUCUGAGCA